AUGGCGGACCCUUCAUCGUCUGUGUCGCCUCAGCUCCUGCACCAUCUACACGCGUUAUGUAUAAUGAAAUAUCCUCAGCAGCAAACAGUACAGCCUGAGCUCCUGGUCGAGCUGCUUUUGAAGACUCCCCAAGCCGCUCAGCAGCACCCCUUCACCUGGAUGAUGAUCGAUCCACCACAACCGGGUACUCUUAUGCUUUCAUGGAAUCCACCCCAGAUGGUCGGCGUCUGCCCUUCCGAUGGCUAUGUGUGGGCGGAUGCUGAGGUAGUUCAUACUGUUGAAGUGAAAGGAUAUGUUCGUCUUUCCUCCUCCUCCUCCCCCCCCCCCUCCCCCAUUCCUCCUUCGUUCCUUGGCUCCGUUGGUGGUGGCCCUUUUUAUAGCCUCUUUAUAUAUAUAUACACACAUAAUGUUUGGACAUCCACACAUACACACACACACAAUGUAAUGAACGCCUCCCCGGUAUGAGGCUUCCUGUUGCGUUACAUUAUUGGCGCUGUUACAUCGUGCUUUCGCGGCUCUAUGCUACGAUCCGCGAUAAAUACCCGACCUUCUCAUUUCAUUUCUGCACCCCCACCUCCGUCCAAUCGCCUUGACCGCCUGGUGAAGGAUAUUCCCCGCUACGUACGGCCGAUAAAUGCGAUGCAGCUUGCGCAUUCGCUGCGCUUGCUAUGAUCCCGCCUGCUGUCUUUCCUUUUUCUUCCUUGCCCCUUUCUCCUGGUCAUUUCUCGUUGUUGUUGAUAUUACUCGAACAAUUAUACUAGCCUCUACUCCAGAGUGGGAAGUUUUUCCAGGGCCACCACCACAAGCACGAGUGGAAGAAAGGAAAAUAAAAAGAAAAUAAAAAGAAAAAAAGAAAAAGAAGGAAACCAGCUAACGUGACCGGGAGGCCUUAAUAGCAAAUUGAGAUUCACUACCACAAAGCCGGUUACAACCCAAACGUGCCCAACCAGUCGCACGCUAUAUUUUCUCGGCGUAGAUAUCGCCUAAAACCGGGCCAUCCAUCGACCCCCCCGGAAAACGCGAACCUCUGGUUCCUGCACUACCUCCAAGCGGAGCGUCAAAACCACGUUCCCGUCAACACGGUGCCCUUGACAAGCAGUAUUCGACAGAGCUUCACCGCACGAAAUUACAUCACCCAACUUUUCCAGACGGGUCAACUCCCGAGGAAGGAGUUCUACUUGCCCGACCGGAAUUCUUGGCCCAUAAUCACAUUGCCAAAUCAGCAGCAACAGCAACAACAGCAACAACAUCCCCAACCGCAGCAGCAACAGCAGAUCCAAAUGCAGGCUCAACAACAACAACAACAACAACAGGCAACGAUGCAAAUGCAAACCCCUCAGCACAAUCGACAAAUCUCCCCGAUGAACACCCGCGCGACCCCGCAGCCUCAACAAUCGGCUCAACAGGUAUACUACACACCCGCACGUUCCAACGCCAAAGCCCCCGGUGGUGCCCCUCCAUCGGCAAAGCGAUUGAAGCCGACUCCUCCCGGUGGUCACAAUCACGCGGCAGCGGCAGCCCAGGCCGCAGCACUGGGUGCCGACCCCUCAAUGACUAUCGACGAGGAGGAAGACACGUCGCGCGGUGACAUGCUCGACCACCUCAGUCCUCGCGAGAUUGCGACGACCCGGUACAUACAGCAUCACGAGUGGAUGGAGGAAGUUAUGGGCUCGCCGUACGCAAUCGACAAGAUCGAACCCGUUGAUCUAGGCCUUGGCUUGCGCGGCGAGCUGGAGAUGGUGACAAAGGGUCUCCUGGACCCACCCGCGUACCCGCCCAUCCCGAAGCCGCCGCGUGCGGGAGAUGCGACCAAGGAGAAGGAAAACACCCAGGCGGAAAUCCUGGAGGAGCUCCGCCCCCGUGUCGAGGCUAAGAUCAGAGAGAUGGAAGCGGAAAUGCUCAGGAUGCAAGAGGCCCACGCGAAGCGCCUUCAGAAGAUCAAGCAAAGCGGCGUGACCAAGGAUGCCGAACUAAACCUCCGAACCGGCCUUGGCCUCACUCCCCAGCACCAACAACCCGAGAUUGAAAACCACCAAGUCCACACCCCCGGCAACGAAAUGGAAGAUUGCCAUUCCGAACCCACCACUGCCGCAACCGCGAUCAAAGACCUAUCGGCGGUGGAAGAGAUAGUCCGUGACGUGGAGCACGCCCUCGGGAAAAAGGUGGUGGAAAAGAAAAUGCUGGCAAAGCACGGCCUGCCCGUUGAAGAGAUUAUCAAAAUGGGCGGGAUAGUGGCUGAGGGUGAUGGCCAACCAAACCUGGACACAAUCAUGACGGAAGAUCUAGACGGCGACGGCCACGACAAUGAGAACCAGCGGGGUGACGAUGCGGGAGGAGGAAAUCUCAAUGGGUCCACUACCGUCGACGACGAAUUCAAUCUCGCGCUGGGCAACAUGCCGGACGAGAAUGGUACCGACUCUUCGCGUCAGUCGGAGAUGGGGUUCCCGCAUGUGCUUGAUAGUGCUGCGGAUGUGCCCCCCCCUCCACCGCCUCCGGUGGCAACAACGGGGGCGCAGGAGGAGGAGGAGGAGGAUACGAUUAUGAAUGACUUUAUGAACGUUGAUCAGGAUUCGAAGCCGGAUACGCCCAAUGUGGAGGAGAAGGAGAAAGAUGUUGAAAACAUCACCGCCCCUACCACUGAACCUGCCCCAACCACUACAACCGCGGCCGCUACCACCUCGCCUCCAGGCACAGACCAACAGCAACAGAAGGCCAGUGAAGACGUAGCUCCGGCCGCAGCAGCAUUCAUGUUCUCCCCACCAACGGAGAAGGUCGGCGAACCCACCACCGCCACCGCCAAUACUUCCACCAGCGACGGAGGCGGAGUUCCAAGCGCGGGGAUUCCGGGACUGGGAAUGGGGAUGCCAGAGACGGGGAGUAGUUAG